CAUUAUAUAUAUGAUGCCAUUUUUAACCAAAUUGUAAAUGAAGCAAUCUACAGGUAUCCAAAGUUCUCCAGGGUUUUAACUCAAAUUCAGCUUCAUUUCACUUUACCUAUGAUUUCCUAACCAUGAAUCAUACUGAGAGGUUAGUUACUAGUUAUUGAAAAACAGUGUUACAUGCCAUUAUUCAACACAACAAACAACAAGAUGACCACUUUCCUCUGUUUCUUACUCUUCCUCUUGAUGACAACCUUAUCAGAGUCCCAACCAGACCGUUUCUUGAGACCUAAAACCCUUAGUGGCGGUUCUAACCAAGAAUACUUCGAGGUGAAUUACCCUCCAAAUUCGCACGAACCCACACCUUCAUGCUCCCACCGAAUCAUCCACCACGCUUUCGCCAACACCAUCAAUUCUCCACCGUACACCACCACCUACGCGCCUCCACCGCGGUGUCCGGCGCCGUGGUCCCGCGUGGUCCUCCACUUCCACGUGCGGUGUAAGGGGGAGCAGUACGACCGCAUCGCCGCCAUCUGGCUCGCCGGCGCCGAGCUUCUCCGCACCAGCACCGCCGAGCCCAGCCCUGCCGGCAUCUUCUGGAACGUCCGCAAGGACGUCACGAAAUACUCCUCCCUCCUCGCCAAGCCCAACCAGGACCUCACCAUGAUGCUCGAAAACAUCGUCAAUAAUGAAUUCACCGGCGUCUACCACGUUACCGUCACUCUCCUCUUCUACAACGAGUACGCCGUUAGGGUUCCGUUUGUCCCCUGCCCCGAAGAACUCAAUAAUUUUGAUCCAAUUCAAUCAAGAUCAAGAUCGAGAUCAAGAUCGCGAUCUCUUGUUCAGGAACCGGGUUCCAGAGGCGUUAAUGAAUCGCCGGCGGAUUUGAUUAUUCCGAUCUCCGACGACGGACGGCGAGGGUUCUGGUUCAAAUUGGAGGAAGAAAAAGGUUCUUGUUCAAAGACAAUUCGAAUUCCGCGGAACACUUACCGCGCGGUGCUUGAGUUAUACGUUUCUUUCCACGGAAACGACGAGUUUUGGUACUCGAACCCGCCGAAUUCGUACAUAAAGGCGAACGGAUUAGAAACGGAGCGUGGAAACGGCGCGUACAGGGAAGUGUACGUGACAAUCGACGGCCAGGUUGUUGGAUGGGAGAUUCCGUUUCCGGUGAUAUUCACCGGCGGAAUAAACCCUCUGUUCUGGGAACCGAUGGUGGCGAUUGGGGCCUUUGACCUUCCCUCAUACGACAUCGAUUUGACGCCGUUUUUGGGGAAGGUUUUGGAUGGAAAAGAGCACGUGUUCGGAAUAGGGGUUGUGAAGGGAAUCUCUUAUUGGUUAUUGAACGCCAAUUUGCAUCUUUGGUUGGAUCAUGAAUCCACGGUGGUUCAUGCAAACCCUGUGGUUCAUCACAGUCCUGAAACUUCAAUUGAACGGCAGGAGGAGUUUAAAGGGCUUGAUGGGGCGUUUGGUGUGGACGCAGAGAAGGAAACGCAGAUCACAGGGUGGGUUAUGACCAGUGCCGGCAACAUCACCACCACGGUUUCUCAAGGUUUCUCUUUUAAGAACUCCAUGAAGUUCCAACACAACGGGAGUAUCAAGACCGUUAAGCAGAAGUUCAAGGCCAAGAAAAAAGUUAAGGUGAUCGAUGGAAAAGGCGAAUCGAUUACUAGGUUGAAGGUUAGGAGGAGGUACCCUUUGAGGGUGGUCACAAACACUAAGCUGUUUCAGGAUGGGUCUUAUAGGCUUGUCACUGAUCUUUCUCACACUCUUAAGGAGAAGCAUGUGAGUGGGUGCUUCGUGAAAUCGAUUAAUAACGAGCAGAACUCAAAAGGGUGGAUCGAUGUGAAGGGUCACUCUGUUGUGUCGGGUCAAGCAAGCACCUCGCAGAAUUACAGUUACUUUGAUAGGUUCACUUGCUACUCACGCAAUGUUGCUGCGACUAAUGGCAGGAUUGUUGCGGACAAUUCAACUUUUGUCUGUGAAUUGUGAAAAUUCUUUGUAGUUUCUUUUUUUUUCGUACAUCUAUUUUAUUAUGUAGUUUCCUGCAUAGGGUUUUGGUUUUAUUUUUUUCUAGGGGGAAGAAUGUGUAGUAAAUUAUGUAGUAUGAUAGUAUCUUUUGAAUCUGCAUAGUGUAUGUAUUGUUUCCAUUCGUGCCACUGUGCCUGGAUCUAGACACCGAAGGAAAACACAAGUUACUGAACCUACCUACGGUUAGUAAACAAGGAUCAUAUCACAAUUAAUUGUAUAACUCCUAGCAGAGUAGGGCUUGCAGACGAGCAAUUUAAGCUUCAAGAGUGAUGCUGUUCUUGGCCUCAAGGCCAUCCGUGCAAGUCCAUAACAAAAGCCUAAGGAUUGUUUGGCUUAAGAAAUCUAUUUUUAUUUUUACUUUUUUCAAAAA